UCACUCCCUCUCUACGUAUGCCAUUCUCCUACGGGAACUUGGUCGAGAGAAAGUUUAGGGCGAAAAAAAUGUAAUCCUGUCUAGUGUGGACAGUGAAAUGGAUUUAUGCUGAUCGGCCUUCAAAAAACAACUCGGACAUUUGGUUAAAACUAGGGAUUCACUAGGGCUACGUCAUUUUGUUGUUGUGGAGUUGAAAAGUUUAAUUAAACUUAAAAAAAAAAAAAAAAAAGCAUUUGGGGGAUCGGAAUUUACCGGUGACAGUUUCAAGGGAGAAAAACGAAAACAAGAGGUUCUAAUGCAAAACUGUGACAAAUCAGAGUUGGAUCUGACCUGACUGUGGAAUUUACCGAUUUAAAUGAGACCAGCAUAAUUUAUAAAAUCAAUCUUUCAUUAGAAUUUUUAUCAUUUCUAUUUUUACACUGUUUUACACCGGUUUCACAUUGAGUAAUACGUUAUGGCGAAGAAGUACGACUUCCUUUUCAAAUUACUACUCAUUGGUGAUAGUGGAGUUGGGAAAACAUGCCUUAUCAUCCGAUUUGCGGAGGACAACUUCAACUCCACGUACAUAUCAACGAUUGGCAUCGACUUCAAAGUGAAGACUAUCGACGUAGAGGGAAAGAAAGUCAAGCUCCAGGUCUGGGACACGGCGGGUCAGGAGAGGUUUAAGACCAUAACCACAGCAUACUACCGAGGAGCCAUGGGAAUCAUCCUUGUUUAUGACAUCACAGACGAGAAAUCAUAUGAGAACAUUCAGAACUGGAUGAAAAGCAUCAAAGAGAAUGCAUCGGCAGGGGUCAGCCGGAUGUUACUAGGCAACAAGUGUGACAUUGAGGCCAAGAGGAAGGUAUCCAAGGAAACAGGGGAAAAGCUGGCAAAGGAUCAUGGGAUCAGGUUCUUUGAGACGAGUGCGAAGUCCAGCAUAAAUGUUGAUGAGUCUUUUAUGGCCUUGGCACGGGACAUACUACAGAAGUCCAACAAGAAACCGGGGGUCACAGGUCGCGAGGUCAAAAUCACCAGCAGCACAGAAAAGAAGUCUUCCAAGUGUGUCCUCCUGUAGGACGUCUCGCCGGAGCUGCAACUCCAGCACCUUGGGGCCCCAAGCCUCUAGCACGCAUAGGAACAGUAUUAUUGGAAACAAAACGAGGUGCAGUCUAUAGAGUUAUCUGUCUCCUGUGGCAGUUUUGAAUACAAUCAAACAAAAAUACCCCAAAAAAGAAAGCAGGGUUUUUAAAUGGUGUCAUAUACACCUGCGUAGAUGCCACCCUUUCAGUGAUAGAUGUACAUUUUCCCCCUCAGAGCCAUGUAGUUCCAUAAAGACGAGAAAUGUCACCAAGAGAUAUUUAACGAGAGCAGUUUCAUCACCAACCUUACUUCCUCCAGUAAAUAGUUGUUUUAUCAGAUCUCUCAAUGGUAUUGUUACCAUGGGGAUGGAUGGGUAACCCGGGUACAUUGAAAUCUUUCACAGGUUUCCAACCAUUCCAUGACAGCAACCUAGCAUACAUAUGUGUUCUUUUGGAAUUGAAGUGCCACAUAACAGCUCUGUGUGGCUGUGUGGAAGAAUACAGACUGUUGUGUUGAAGCCUCCCUCUCACCCCUUCCCAGUUACGGUCAAAAGUUGUGGAACAUGUACCCCAUGAGGUUCCAGUCAGGAAGAGGGUCAGGGUCGUAGUUGUAUGCAAAGCAAACUUUACACUCCUCUACAUUUCUUUAGAUGUAUUCAAAAUUAAACAGAAAUAGAGAUUUAAGGGUUACAAUAAAUGUUAUUAUUAUAAUGCCAGUGUUUGGUUCUCAAAGUGAUAGUUUUUCACGUUUAUCAGAGGUUUCACUACCUAAUAAAAAGGGUUUGGUAAUGAGCUCCUGUUCAUAAUGUUACCUGUAGCUAUAUGAAGAAGACCCAGGGAACCAUCCAGGAUUCAGGCUAGCAGACUUCAUACAGUGCAGAAUCUAUAGGCUCAGCUAAGCUUCCACUGAUGGUUCACAGACUUGACUAUUAACAAGAGUGCCUGUUCACUAUUUCCCAGUAGGCUAGCACAGUUAGACAGACAGCAUUAGGAGAAGGUUUAGUGGAUAUGUGUGGUGUGUGGGUAAACUGACACACUGUGGACAGAUGGAGUAAGAAUGUGCGAGUGAGGGAGAGAAAUAAGUGCAAUAUGAGAAGAGGAGCAGAGAGAGAGAACGAUGGAUGAAGUGAGGUAAUGAAAGAGAGAAGCUGUUAAGAUGUUAAUAAGUGUUCAUCGUACUGAACUGGCACACCGUGUCUCAGACGCUGUCCAGCCCCUCCUGCUCCCCCUUUCAGAGGACACCAUGGCCCCCGUUCCAAUAUAGCUUAAAAUCAAUCCUCCUCUACAUGAGUUUAUUGCUGAUCUGUAAUUGUAAAGGCCAAAAACACAGCAGCCCCACCCAGCCCAGCGUAGUGAUACUGACCUGAUGCACUGUUAACCCUGAGGAAUUAAGAUGACUAAUGGGUUGAGGAAGUGAAUCAUCCAGAGCCGUUUCACUUGAAGAACUCGAUCAGUUGGGUAAAUUACACCUCAGUACAAAAACUAGAGGAAAUUCAUUUUAUAAAACCGUUUUGAGUCACUUUAAUUUAUCAGGUUUUACAGUAUAGUGUCAGAGAGGCUGGCAGAUUUAGAUUAGAAGAUAAUUGUAGGAUCCUGUCUUUACUUUGAUUAAAAUAUGUCAUUUUUUUUGAUUUGCUGGGGAAAUGAAACCAAUGAUUUUCACUAACCCAACCUCACCAGAUGAAUGAUUCAAAGGCAACAAUCAGGUGCUUCUCACGUCAGAUGCUACACAAUCACUAAUGCACUUGAGAUUUGGUUGCAUCCCAAUAAUACACUGUGGUUUCCUUUGCCUGUUUUUAAAAGAAUGGACCUUCUGACAGGAAGUCUUUAAAAAGUCUCGAUCCAUUCGUCUUUUUCAGACCACCUGUAUGAUAAGCUGGACGGGGAGAAUUUUUUUUGAUUAUUGAAAUGUAACUGACCCCAUCUUAAUAUGUAAUUUCUCGUGUUUUAUUCUGCUUUUACACUUUCUGUCAAGCAAGCAUUCCUCGUCUGAUCAAUUAGGCCUAUAAGCACAAUGUAGGUUUACAUGCCCACUGCUUAUUGAAUAAAAAACUUUCAAAAUA